AUGGUGUCAACUAAUAUCACCUCGCUCCCUGUCGAAAUACCGAACCGCAUCUGCCAGGACAUAGACAUCUUAGAUCUCUUUGCCCUGCGAUUGAGCUCCUUCUCUCUUGCUUUGAAAACACAGCAUCACUUCGCCUUUCGCGCCUUCGAGAAAAUCCUUUUGGUCCUCACCAGUGAUGGUCUACAAGUUCUCAAACAUAUAGCAAGCCAUGAGGUAUUCCGCAAGCACGUUAAAAAUGUAACCGGUGACCAGGGGCUGUGGAUCGUGACGACACAUUUCUUAGGAAAUCACGAGUGGUCCGCAGAAGACAUGGAUCAUCUGCAGCAGGGGUAUGCGACACAUGCGACAGAUUCAGAGAAACGCAACUUCAGGGAGGAAACUGUUUCACUACCUGAAAGAUCAAGGGAGGAGCGUCACGCCCUCUAUCAGGAUGCCGUGGCAGAUCACCUUAAAGUGAGAGAUGGCCAGGUUAUCCAAGCCGCACUCGAACACUGCUUACCCUCUUUCACCAACCUUCACAUAGCUGCCCAUUUGAAUGUUGGAAGACCUCCAGAUGCACCUGGAAGAUUUAAGGGAAUUAGGGGGUUAAGAAAACAGCUGCGGUUCGACCCCCUUCAUGUCGUGGGAGGGGAGAGCAAGCAUUCCCAUACUACUAACGCGAAAAUCCUUUCUAUUCUUUUAGCUGCAAUUGCAUCCACAAAGACCAAAAUCAAAUAUCUCGACACGAGUACUGGGGACCUGGUCUGUCCGGUUGCUCACAAUGGACUACAUUUUACAUCUGCGGAAAAGGUCUUACUGCUUCCAAUCAUACAGACUUUAGUAGGGCUGGGGCUGUACUGCUCGUCAUCACAUAAAGAUUUACUAGCACAAGAAGCUCUUGAGCCUAACUCAGAUGGAAAGAGCAAGGAUACCUUAGAGUUUUUGGCGAAGGCUGCACCGAAUCUCAAGACUCUCCAGGUUCGCUUCGACAAUCGCCACAAGGCUGAGGAUGAUAGAGAGCCCUUGGUCGAUCAGCACUUUGUCUGGAUGUCCCAGAAGUUCCAUUUCUCGCGCCUUUCAAGGCUGCAUUUAUUUAACAUCAGAACAACAACGUCGUCAUUGAUGCAGCUACUACGAUCGGCCAUGCCAACCUUGCGAAUCUUCGUGUUUGGGUCAAUUACCUUGAGACACUAUGGGAACUUCCCUUCUCCUAUGGAACGCGACGACGAAUUUUUCGACAACGGGGUGAGGGUCUGGCGGGAAGUGCUCAACCUUGUGCGGGAUCAAGGGUCACUCCGACAGCUGGGUGUCGAUAAACUGAUGUAUCAAAAUCAACGGAUUGACAUCAUUGCACAUUAUGCUGAACGCACCGCGCAUGUCUCAAUUCAAGACUGGAUUGACGAACUCAAGCUCUUCGCGAUGGACGAGAUACUCCACGAGCCAAGACCUGCUGACAUACAAGCACCGGUUAGCACCUAG